CCGAAUACCCACAAUGCACUUCCAGCUACUUCAGUAGCAAGGACGUGACGGACUAGUAGUGACGGACAGACUUGGCCUUGAAGAAUUGUCUUCUUUUGCCGUCGGCCCAGUGUUUUGACUAACCAGCCAUGUGCUGCUGUGAGGGCGAGGCAGGUUGUUGUGGAAAAAGCUGUAAGUACAAAGGACCCUGUAUCCGCAACCUGGGCUGGGCCCUGAUAGUCCUGGCAGUCAUUGGUGCAAUCCUGGCUGUGGUGGCAGACGGGGUGUACGCAGGAUACCCCUUCGCUAUCGUGCAUCACAUCAGCGCUCCGAUUUGGGGAGGAGCCUUCAUCAUAGUUGCUGCAGGCUUGGCAGUCUGUGGAGGGAACAACCCUGACAAUGCCUGUCUAAGGAUAUCCCUUCUGGUGAUGAGCAUCUUUGGCAUCAUGUUUGCUGUAGUGAUUUGGAUCAUUGCAGCCGUAGGUAUAGGCUCUGAUGGUAAGCAGUGUGACUGGUUUAUGCUGGGACCAUGUGAUCCCGGUGAUCAUUACUGGACCUCUAACUGUGGUUGGUGGUCAGAUUACUGGUACCGCCUCUAUCCCAACUGGCGCAGUAUUGACUGCAGUGGAAUAAAAGCCCUCCAUGCCCUGCAGCUGAUCCUGGGCCUGACAGAGACAGUUCUGAUGUUUAUUGUGAGCAUCAGGACCUGUUGUGGAACAUGUAGGAACUGCUGCAAGGGAACACAACAGCCUCCGACCCAUGCCAUCAUCUACCAGCCUGGGCAGCCCUUACCCCAACAGGUACACUCUGGAGUUAUCAUCAUGCAAACAGUACCUGGGGCACCUGCAGGACAGCAGCCAGCCUACAACCCCCAAGCACAGGCUGGGGCAUACCCAGCUCAACUCCAGCCUGGGUCGUACCCAGCUCAGCCUGGGUCGUACCCUGCACAGGCUGGGACAUACCCCGCACAGGCUGGGGCAUAUCCCACACAGGCUGGGACAUACCCUGCACAGGCUGGGACAUACCCUGCACAGGCUGGGACAUACCCCACACAAGCUGGGGCAUAUCCCACACAGGCUGGGGCAUACCCCACACCCACUGUAUCAGAGCCACCACCUUAUAAUAUGGUUUCUGAUCAAAAGAUGUAAAUGAUAGCCAAAGAGGUCUUGCUGGUUUUCAAAUUCAUGCCGGGUUUCUCUUUAAACUGAAUGAUGUUUUGUUUGUUUGUUUUAAAGCAUGCAAGGUUUUCUGUGUAAGCCAGCCUGCAUUUGUGUUUUGCUACCAGGUUUUUAAGGGUUAUAAACAUUAUGUUCUAUUACUGAUAUACAAUGGCCCCUCACGUGACCAUAUCACGUCUCCAGACACAAAUGACAUGAAUUCUAACAUAAGCAUGGCUUGAGCCAAAACUUCUUGACAAUUUUGAAGCCAUAUUAAAUAAAUAUAUCAAUAGGAAACUAGUAACAGAAAAAAAUAUAUUACGCAGAUGAAAAAAUAUUACAGUUUUGUACAGCAUAGGAGUGUGAGAAUAGCCUUAUUAAAAGAUGCUUAUAUGUUUUAUAAUGUAUGUAUCAGAUCACUACAGAUGGUUGUGAUGAGUGAAGUUGAUUUUCUUCCAUUGAAAGAUCUGGACCAACUGUGAACAGUAUUAUUCAGCAGAUUUAUUUUACUAAUUAUGCCUGAUGUACAUGUAAUUCAGAAAUGAAAAUGUGCGGGUUUUUUUUGCACUUGAGGUAAUCCAUUUAGUUUAAAAGCUGUGUAUGGAUCAUGGAAUCAAGUGCCACAGUCAAAACCAGACCUAUCCAUGGUUCCUGAUAGUAACAAAUUGGAUACAUAGAAUGAAUAUUUUAAAGCUUAUUGCAAGGAAACCUACAACCAUUCCAAUAUACAUGAAUAUAUUGAUGGAACAAUCAAUGUGAGAUAAGAAAAUAUGAAGAAACACUAACAAAUGCUGAUGUAAAAAUUAUGUAACUUUUAUGUAUAAUAAGCUGAGAGCAAUUGAUUCGAUAAAGGUUUUCUGCUGUCACGUUGCAUCUUAAGAUGGUGACUUGUCUGAGCUUACACAUAUACCAGUAUGUGUUAUCAUGUGUCUUAACAGUUAGAAAUUAUAGACAUCU